AAAUGGCAGAAGUACCUUGCCAUGUUCAUUGCCAUUGAAUACAAGUCCUGGCAGAUACAAGCAACACCCAACUCACUGAGCUUGUUUCUUUAUUGUGUUGCUCCCACCAUCCAAUUGUAAUGAGCUCAUUUAUGUCUGACCCCAUCAGCUGACACACCAUUAAUCUCUCCACCCAUCAAGGAUCCUCAUCUGUCCAGCUUCCUCAAACUGACCUGCAAAAUUUGUGUUCUCCUUGUUCUCUUCUUGCAGCGAAGAGAACAAAUAGCUACGACCCCUCCUCCGGUAGUGCCCAUUGCAUCAGACACAGGCACCAGAUAUGUUUCCUGAGAUCGAUGAUGUGGUUCUGGAAGUGAGGGUGCUCUCAAACAAGACAACAAGAUCUGGUUAGUAUCAGCUAUAUCUCUCUCUCUUCUCUCUUUCUCUCUUCGAGCUUUUCCUUUGAUCAGAACAUGAACUUGGCCUUGCAUGCAAGCAUGAAACAGGGGAGCCUUCUCUCUCCAGUUUCACUCCCAUUGCCAUCUUUCACACCAACACCACCACCACCUCCUCCUCCUCCUACCAUUGUUAAUUUUGAGAACAGAAUUUCUCCCAGCAUCCUCCUCAUAAUUGUCAUUCUAGCAGUCAUCUUCUUCAUCUCUGGUCUCCUCCACCUCCUUGUGAGAUACCUCCUGAGACCCAACAACAGGGAGCCAGAUGCCAUGAGCAAUGCCACAGCUCUCCAAGGUGAGCUUCAGCAGCUGUUUCACCUCCAUGAUGCAGGAGUGGAUCAGUCCUUCAUAGACACCCUUCCUGUCUUCCAAUACACGUCCAUUGUAGGCCUGAAAGACCCAUUCGAUUGUGCUGUGUGCCUCUGCGAGUUCGAAGCUGAUGACAAGCUCAGGCUGCUUCCCAAGUGCAGCCAUGCCUUCCACGCACAGUGCAUAGAUACUUGGCUCCUGUCCCACUCCACUUGUCCUCUCUGUCGGAGAAGCCUUCUUUCUGACUUCUCUCCUACCAUUAGCUGUAGUCCUACAUUUCUCGUUCUCGAGACUGGUAGUGAGAGCUCAAGGGAGUCCGUGUCAACUGCAAAUCUUGGUGUCUCCGGAGAGACUGACUUUGAGACUUCGAUCGAUGAGACAUCACAAAAGCCAGUCGAAGUUGCAGCAGUCUCAGUUUCAGAGUUUGCAGAGGCCAAAGUAGUGCCUGUUAAGCUUGGAAAGUUGAGGAGUGUGGAUGUCGGUGAAGGAGAAGGUCAAGCAACUACUAGCGGCAAUAGCAAUCUGGAUCAAAGGAGAUGCUUCUCCAUGGGUUCCUAUGAGUAUAUGAUGGAUGAGAGCUCUUCGCUACGAGUCACCAUCAAACCAACCAAGAAGAAGCCAUCUCUCAAGAAUCCAGGCCACCGGGUUGCCAUGUCAGAAUGUGAUUGCCAUUCAGCAAGAGAGGGAUUCCAAGUGUUUGAUGCAUUAAGAAAUGCCGAGUUUGGAACCGGUGAUGGUAAUGCUAAUCUACACAGGAAAGAGAGCUUUUCUGUAUCAAAGAUAUGGCUGCGCUCAGGGAAAGAUGAACCGAUUGCCGAGGAUGCUUCAAGGCGGGCUUCGUCUUUCGGAUUGCCACUGCACUUGGAAAGAGAUGAGAUCAAGCUGAAGAAGAGCAAUGAAACAUAUUCGGAUGUGGAGGCUGGGAACUACAACAGCCAUGUGGUGUCAAGGCUGGAUGAAACCCCUUCAUUUGCAAGAAGAACUCUGCUGUGGAUUGUAGGGAACAGAACAAGAUAGGAAUCCAUCUCUGAUAUCAGUUCUGGACUUUGAACUGGCACGAGUAAAUCAUCUUUGACACUCAAAAAGUUUUUUUCCUUAGCAGUAAAACAAGAUUGCAUCUGUGAUCAUUUGAUCAAUUCAAAUAUUUGCAUCAGUAAUGAUGUCGAGACAUCCAGGCAUAGUAUGGUGCAUGUUCAUGCUUGCCUCAUAAGCUUGGACAAUUUCUACUAGUAUGUCUAAGAUUUCAUGAACACAGAAAUCUGCACACCAUUCGAUUAACUCUGAUGCUUAGAUACAUAAGAACACCAUCUUCUCUGAAAAGAGAAAUUAUAGACAAUGCUGUGUUGGUAGGUUGUAUUUCUCGAUGCAACUUUCCCUGAUAUCAGUUACUGCAUGACAAAAUGCAUCU